AUGGAGCUUCGUGCGGUGGACCUUACUCACGUUCGUUACUAUCACGAUGACCCCCUCGGUGUAGUCAUGGCAUGGGCCUCGCUCGUCCCCGUGUUCAUCGCAUUCGGCUGCUUCCCCACCCACGUGGUCUUCCGCCGCGAUUUGCGGACCAUGUUCUUCAUGCUCGGCCUCCUAUUGGACGACACGUUCAACCACGUCAUCAAGCACGCGCUCGAGAUGCCGCGUCCGCCGCACACGUGCGCGGCGCUCGAGGUGUGCGAUUCGCACGGCAUGCCGUCCGCGCAUUCGCAAUUCAUGUCGUUCUUCGCGACGUUCGCGACGUGGCUCGUGUUUUACAAAAUGGAUUACGAGGACGAGAGGUGGCGAUGGAUCACCGCCGUCCUCCCGUGGCCCUUCACCUUUCUCACCAUGGCCUCGCGGGUGUACCUCGGUUACCAUACGAUACCGCAGGUUCUAGCUGGCUUCACCCUCGGAAUCCUCUCGGCCUCCUUCUGGUUCUACGUGGUGCACCGUGUGUUUGCGCCCUUCUUCCCAGCCAUCUCCGACAGCGUGUGGGGGCGGUACCUGUGCAUCAAGGACGACUGCCAUAUCCGCAACGUGGCUGUCUUUGAGUACCUCAACUCGCAGCGAGCGAGGGAGGAGCAGCGCGCGCGAGAGAAAGCGCAGAAUGCAGAGCAGGAGAAAUUGCUGGAGAAAUCUCAGGAGAAAACGCAGGAGAAAGUGCAGCAGGGGAAGGAAGAGGAGGUGGAUGAGCAGCAGGGGGGCAAGCAGCAGCAGUCAGCAGAGGAGAGUGCACCUGAUGGAUCUGCCAAGACAGAAAACGCCACCGGCAAUUACACUCGUCGAGGCGCUGCCUUUCGAGUCGACUCAAAAGUCAGCCCCUUCCCCUCUUCCUCCCUUCCCUUCCCCUUCCUUCCCUUCCCCUCUUCCCUCCUUCCCUUCCCCUUCCUUCCCUUCCCCUCUUCCCUCCUUCCCUUCCCCUUCCUUCCCUUCCCCUGUUUCAGAAACGCCACUGGCAAUUACAACCUUCUCGUCGAGGCACUCCUAGUGGAUGCGGCAGGCGGUCCGCCCGACUCGCUCGCAAUCGUGAAGGGCGCCGUGUGCGACACCGCCGCGACGAACGUCCUCGCGCUGCCGCUCGCCGCGGCGGACUGGCAGCAGCGCGCGGGGUGGUGGCUGCUGCACGCGGAGGCGCGCCUCGACGCGUUCCUCGAGAAUGCGGACGCCGCCACCCUCGACGCGCUGCUCGCGGUGCUCCCCAACGCCUCGCUUCCGCGCAAGAUCGGCGGAGGCGCCGGCGGAGGCAGCGCCGGGGGCGCGCGGAGCGGGAAGGGUGGGAGGCCCAUGGGGCGGGAGCUGGUGAUGCGCGCAUUCGGCCGCCCUGCCAGGCAGGGCGGACAGAAGAAGGGGGGGCAGCAGCAGCAAGGAGGGCAGCAGCAGCAGGGGGGAGCGCAGCAGCCGCCUGCAGGUGGUUUUUCAGGUGGAUUUCCAGGUGGUGAUGGCGGAGUGAACAGCACAGUGAGCGGGUAUGCUGUGCUGGCGGGCAGCAGCGCAGCAGGUGUGACGUGGGGCGGACAGCUCAUGGGUGGCAAAAUUCCUGAUGCUGCUACUGCUGGUUCUGCUGGUUCUGCUGCUGGUUCUACUGCUGCUUGGUAUUAG